AUGGCCAGCCCAAAGUCCCCCAAAAGCCCACGAGGCGGCUCCUCCACCAAGUCACCACCAGCGCCGAUAUCUCCUGACACUGCGCAGCCGUCAGCAGCAGGCGAAGUGCCUACGACGGAAAUCCCAUUUCACGAUAAUGAGAAUGAAGAGGGCGACUCUGGCGUAGAAGAUGACGAGGAUGACAACGCCUCAUCCACCGCUUCUCUCACCGACAGCAUCUACGAUUAUCGCAACAUCCACGGGCGCACAUACCAAAACUCCAAGACGACCCAAUACUGGGGCCCCAACGACGAGCGACAGAACGAUGGGCUCGACAUCUCGCACCACUUCAUUACCAUGGUCCUCGGCGACAAACUAUUCGAGGCGCCCCUGUCCAAACCCCCCACCAGAGUUCUUGACGUUGGCACCGGAACAGGCAUCUGGGCCAUCGACAUGUCCGACGCAUACCCGUCCGCCGAGAUCAUAGGAACCGACAUCAGCCCCAUCCAGCCCAUGUGGGUGCCGCCAAACUGCAUGUUCCACAUUGAAGACGCGCAGCUCGAAUGGACCUAUGAGCCCGAAUCAUUCGACUACAUCCACAUCCGAGGGCUCUACGGCAGCAUCAGCGACUGGGGCGCGCUCUACAAGCAGGCAUACCGAGCGACCAUGCCGGGAGGCUGGAUCGAGAACUUUGAGUACAACAUCAUGGUGCUGAGCGACGUGCCCGAAAUCCGAGACGACCCAAAGCACAUCUUCAAGCGCUGGGCAAAUAUAUUCUUCGAGGCCUCUGAGCGCAUGGGGAAGACGCUGCGGAUCGGCGAGGGCGGGCAAAUGCGCCGGUUGAUGCAGGAGGCGGGCUACGUGGACGUUGUCGAGAAGAACUACUCCGUCCCAAUCGGUGCCUGGAGCAGCGAUCCCACCAUGAAGCAGAUUGGGGCGUACAGCCUUGCUUUUCUGGACGAGAGCCUGGAAGGGUUUGCGCUCUUCAUGCUCAAGGAGAUCAUGGGCUGGGACUACAUCGAGGUCCAGGUCUUUGUCUCUGAAAUGCGCAAAAGUUUGCACAACCACAAGAUUAGACCGUACUAUAUAUGCACAAAUGUCUUUUCACGAAAGCCGUUGACCGGAGAGUAA